UUGGCUGCGCCUGAGGAGAACUGCAGCGUAGUCGCCAUCUAACGCGUCUUUAACCACUUACUGGAGAUUUAUACCCAUUUCGCGGCUCUCAUCGUGGAAAGUAUCUGUCGUGGAUGUGGAUUUGUGUGAGUAGGAGCCCCGCGGGACGGUAGACCUGUUGCCAGCCUUUGCCGUGCGCGCUGUGGGCGAGUGUCCCAAGAUGUUGCUUUGUGGAUGGGAUGGCGGCUGGUCCCGUGCGCUCUCAUAGCCCUGUUGGAGCACCAGCACUUUUGUUUCAAGUUUUAGAGUAGCUCUCCUCGCCUGGGAAAAUGCACGUGUCCCUGGCUGAGGCUCUGGAGGUGCGAGGAGGUCCACUGCAGGAGGAGGAGGUGUGGGCCGUGCUGAGCCAGAGCGCAGAGAGUCUCCAAGAGCUUUUCCACAAAGACCCUGCGGCCAUGGGCUUCAUCAUCUCCCCUUGGUCUCUCCUGCUCAUGCCUUCUGGAAACAUCUCCUUCACGGAUGAGUAUGUGACGCAGCAGGACCUGCGAGCCUUCACUGCCCCCGAGGUUCUUGAAGGAGUCACGCUCACGUCCGUCUCAGACAUAGAAAAGAUGCACAUGUACUCGUUGGGAAUGACAUUGUUCUGGGGAGCAGAUUAUGAGAUACCACAGAGUCAGCCCAUGAAGUUGGGGGAACACCUUAACAGCCUUCUGCUCAACAUGUGCGAUGACGUCACGGUGAGCCGAAUGUCGCUGCGCACGGUGCUGGACAUCUGCAGCAAACACAUCAGGAACUCCAGCUGUGACCCUCCCUUCUCCUACAUCCGUAAACUAGUGCGUCUGGUCAUGGGCAGCCUAUCGCAGCUGGAUGGUUUGCUGACUGACCGAGAGUCACUCCCCGAGAGGAGUAAAGAAAUUAGGGAGAGACUCAGAGGAAAAGGUUUACCCUCAGGAAGAAGUGCCGCUCCAAGAGUUUUAGAACGCUACCGAGCCAGGACUCAAGAGCAGACCUCUCUAAACCGUGGCCUUAGUCGCUCUAUGGGCUCUUUACCUCAGGACGCGUUAAAAGCCGAAGAGGCAGCCACGGCGCAAUAUUCCCAACCAGACUAUCGGCCGAGCUCAGGCUCACCGACAGAACUGUACCCCAAAGCCCCGUCGCUGCAGCACCAGCUCUCUUACCCGUACCUGCACCCUUUACACCCGCACCAGAAGGGCCGACCCGUGGAACUGGACCGGCGUUCUUUACACUUCCCCGGCGCAGACCUGGGACCCAGCCAGCCCCGGAAACCUUGGGCGUCCUCCGUGGAUCUAGCCUAUAUCGACCCGGAGGCGCUGCGUUUCGGGGCUUUGGAGGACGCACGGAGAGGCAGCACCGCUUUGAGUACGUACUCUGGAGGGAGACACAAGUCGCCCCUUUUGGCGUCCAGGGAGUUUGGGCUGAAGAGCAGGAAGCCGCACCAUCACUCCGCUCUGUCUGUAGGCUCGGGAAUGCCCAGCACCUACGACCGGAUCAAGGAGCAGCAACGGAAACUUCAGCUGUUCAAAAAAGGAGGCGAAGACCCAGUCCAGACGCACCAUCGUUACUACAGUGAUUACAGUUCAUCCAGUGAAAGCCCGUCUGUGACCUCCUCUGAUCCAGAUUACAGACAAGCGAAGAAAUUUAGUGAUGGAAGACGGUUUGGUUCUCAGUUAGCGCUUACGUCAGAACAAGAUGCUCUGUCACUAAGUCACCCGCAAAGGCAGUAUGAGGGGGUCGCAGACGAAGGGCUUGGGGGGGCAGAGCUCCUCCUUCAGAAGCAGGAGGAGGAGGUGCAGCGGCUGCAGGCUCAGCUGGCCAAGAGGCUGUCCAGAGCCGACCUGUUCUCUGCUGAUGAACCCCUGCUGCUGUCUCAUAACUCUGCACUUGAUCUGCGUGAUCCUCUGUACACGGCCACAGCUCCACUGCACAAACGCAAGAAUUUCUUUGGACCUGAGUUUGUGAAAAUGGCAGGUGACCCAAGCGUGACACUGUCGGUGCCCUCGUCAAUAAUGAAGCGUGGAAAGGGGGAGGAGGUCCAGAGGAAGGUUGGCGUGGUGCUUCUGAAUGGCCAGAAGCUGGAGUUGAGCUGUGACAUUAAGGCGGCCUGUAAAGAUGUUCUGGACAUGGUGGUCGCCCACAUUGGGCUGGUUGAACACCAUCUCUUUGGCCUGGCAUAUCUUAAAGAUAAUGAAUUUUUCUUCGUUGAACCCGAUGCCAAACUUGUUGAUAUUGCCCCAGAGGGGUGGAAGAAGGAUCCGAAGAAGAAGAAGACAGAAGUUCCAUUUAUAUUGUUUUUACGUAUCAAAUUCUUUAUUGAUGAUGUUAAUGUCAUUCAACAUGCAAUGACCAAACAUCAGUACUAUCUACAGCUGAGGAAAGAUGUGCUGGAGGAGAGGAUGUGCUGUGACAUGGAAAAUGCAAUGCUGUUGGCCUCACUGGCUCUUCAAGCUGAAUUUGGAGACUACCAACCUGAGCUCCACGGGAAAACCUACUUUAGAUUGGAGCACUACAUUCCUGUGUCUGUUUUGGAUAAAUUGGACCAGACAACGCUCAGAGAAGAGCUUCCCAAACUUCACAGCAACUAUUAUGGAGCGUCAGAGUCUGAUGCAGAGUUUGAGUUCCUCAAGGUGAGCCAAAGGCUGACAGAAUAUGGUGUCCAUUUCCAUCGGGUGCUUCCUGAGAAAAGGUCCCAGACGGGCAUCAUGCUGGGAGUGUAUUCUAAGGGGGUGCUCAUCUUUGAAGUACUUAAUGGAAACCGCACACCAGUGCUACGCUUUCCCUGGAGAGAGACCAAGAAGAUUUCCUUUAAUAAAAAGAAAAUAUGCCUCCAAAACACAUCUGAUGGGAUCAAGCACCUUUUUCAGACUGACAGCAAUAAGACCUGUCAGUAUCUGCUGCAGCUCUGUUCUGACCAGCAUAAGUUUCAUCUGCAGAUGAAGGCUCGGCAAAACAACCAGGAGCUACAAGACUUGGAGAACUCACCCCUGAGCAGCCUGCAGUACCCCUUUGAUCCUGCAGAAGGUGCAAUGGGGCGAAAAAUCAGCUCAGGCAGUUUAACGACACGUUCAAACCCAGACCAGCUGAAGAGGAUUUCCUACUCUGAGGUGGCCCUCAACCGGGCGCUCUCGGGUCCUCUGUCUGUCCACGAGAUGAACUUUCCAGGUUUCAAUGCUGGUCCCUCUUUUAUUCGCACCAAUCCAAAGCUACUGAGCCGUUCUCUUCACAACCUGGGACAGAUCCAAGACUUUUCCGAACACAGAGCUGGAGAGACGAGCAGUGACCAAGGAUUUCAGCAGCACCAGAGAGCCAGCUCCGACACAGACUCAUUCAUACAACAACAACCCAAAAUCCUGAGCACAGUGUCACACAGCAGUCCAGCCUGGAACCGCAGGAUUAAAAAACAUUCAGACGCAUCCUCGACUGAAGAAAUGGGCCCAGCAUAUGUCGUUGGUGUCAGCGUGCACAAUUCCUCCUCUGAUCAUCCUUCUACCCCCGUCUCUGUUAAUGAUUCAUUAAGGAAAAAAUUAAGUGCCAUUCCAUCUCCAGAGAGAGAAAUCACAGCUGUACAGUUAAAGAAAGAUGUAAAAUAUGGCCUGGGGUUUCAGAUAGUCGGAGGGGAGACUUCUGGUCGUAAGGAUCUUGGGACUAUUGUCAGCGCCAUCACUCCUGGUGGACCUGCUGAUGUUAAUGGAUGCCUAAAACCUGGAGAUCGCCUGAUAUCCGUGAAUGAUGUGUAUGUAGAAGGUCUUUCUCAUGCUGCUACAGUGGAAAUCCUCCAAAACGCUCCAGAUGAUGUGAAACUCAUCGUGUCACAGCCAAAGGAGAGGCUUUAUAAAGACUCUUCACCCAGUCAUACUUCUUACCAGCCUAAGGCUCCAUCAAAAACACUGGAAAUCCUCCAUAAACUUAAUCCAGAUUUGGAAUCAUCAUCUGAAGAGCAGAUACGAACAGGAAGUCCUAGUCCUGUCCUUCGCACCGGCUCCGCGUCUUCUGCCUCUUCCCCAACUCAAGGCUCUAAAAUCAACUCUGCUUCUAAAGCGACUCAACCUUCUUCCAGUGGAGUCCAGCAAUUCUUGGACAGAGCCAAGAUGGCGCUGACGGUUUCAUCUAUAGCAUCUCAUAAACCAGAUCCUAACAUCAGCCUGGAUCCACCUCCACCAGCUUUGCCUCCUAAAACAAGAAAAGCCAAAAUGGUAGAGCUCCGGAAAGAACCCUCCGACUGUGGAGACUCGGACAUGGACGAGGAGACAUAUUACAGCCAAAAUAAGUCUAUGGGCAAAAAGGAAUGCAUCAUGGAAAAUGUAAAUGGUAAUGCCCCAGGGGUCAAUAGUCUCCGUCCAGGGGAUCUAUUUGACGUUGAGCUGUCCAAAAAAGACAGCAGCCUGGGCAUAAGUGUCACGGGAGGAAUAAACACGAGUGUCCGACAUGGAGGGAUUUAUGUUAAAGCUGUCAUACCUAAAGGAGCUGCCGAACUCGACGGGCGGAUACAGAAAGGUGAUCGUGUUAUGGCGGUUAACGGAAAGAGUCUGGACGGAGCGACUCAUCAACAAGCAGUGGAAGCGCUCAGAGACACUGGGCAGCGAGUGCAUUUAUUACUUGAAAAAGGUCAUCCUCCCGUGGACAGCCUGCACGCUCCUGUGACUCCUCAGUCGACGCCACCUGUCGGACCUGCCCACGACCAGAGCGCAGGACAAACAAACAGACACGACUACAGCUUCGUUACAGACGAGAACGCGUUUGAUGUGACGCUUUUGAAAAACACGUCUGGGUUGGGGUUCAGCUUCAGCAGAGAGGAGAACGUUCCCGGAGAGCUCCCAGGUUCUAGCAUGGUGCGCGUGAAAAAACUCUUUCCAGGCCAACCAGCCGCAGAAAGUGGCCGUAUAAGGGUCGGGGACGUCAUUUUGAAAGUCAACCAGACGCCGCUCAAAGGACUUUCGCAACACGAGGUGAUAUCAGCACUGAGAGGAACGGGACAAGAGGUGACUUUGCUUCUGUGCAGACCUGAACAUGGCGUACUCCGUGAAGUCGACGCAGCUUUGACUCCUAUGUCAUCACCCAGAAAAGAACCAGUAUCCAAAGCCGACCCCGCUCUGCUUUUGAGCAAAAUCCCCACAUCUCCAAGAACGCAAGCGAAUAACAGCUCGGUGGAGGACGCUCUGGAGAGACUGCAGAAAACUCCCGUCCGUCAAAACAGCUACAGCGACAGCACCGACGGAGAUGAGGAGGUCGAGGAAGCGUUCAGUCCCGGGAGACACAAGUGGGACCACAGUGUUUACCAGACGCCCAGCAGCAGCCUUGCCCUGGGAGGUUUCAGCAGCUCUGGUCAGAUGGAUAACAGCACGCGUUCGGCUUUUUACUCUCCAGAUCUGUCAAUCACGAGACUGGAUUUAAGUAAAAGAAGCCCUUCGUCUCCACUACCACCUGAUCUAGAUUCUCCUGAGCCAAUGGUUUCUUCUCCAACUGCCCCAAGUCCAGAUCCGCUGCCCCCUCCUCUGCCACAUCCACUAAAUCUGACCCUCUCGGCGAACGGUCAGGAUGCAGAUGAAUAUGUGCCGGAGGUGGAGAUUAACGUGUCUUUGAUGAAAUCUGAGAAAGGCAGUCUGGGCUUCACCCUGACCAAAGGAAACGAUCAUGGAUGUUAUAUUCAUGACAUAGUACAAGACCCAGCGAAAGGAGACGGCCGACUCAGACCAGGAGACAGGAUGAUAACGGUGAAUAACACAGAUGUCACAAACAUGGGCCACACUGAAGUUGUCAAUCUCGUGCGGGCUGCCCCUCGAGUUGUUGAUUUAGUGGUAGGGAGAGUCCUGGAGGCCCCAAAGCCGCAUUUUGAAGCCCAUCUGCUGCCUGAUAUCUGCUUUAGGGGCACACAACAACCACUGGGAUUAGCAUUAGAUGGGGGCAGUGACAGCCCAUAUGGAGUCUUGUUUGUUAAGGACAUAGUCCCUGGCUCUUUGGCAUCUGAAGAAGGCAGUUUGCGACCUUUGGACCUGAUCCACUACAUCAAUGGGGCCCCGACUCAAGAGCUAACGCUCAGUGAGAGCAAUAGGCUGCUGGAGCUGUCCUUCAGUGAACUUAGUAUCAAAGCCACACGGGACGGAAAACCUGUUUCUCCAGCAGCAAAAAGUGUCUCUUUUCUCAACAACAACAUCAGCCCCAAAGUUUCAUCAGGAGUUAAUGGUUUCCUCAAAGUAGAUGCCCCAAGAGAAACAGAUUUUUUUUCAUCCCUUUGUCCUGUAGAGGAGGAAACGAUACACAUUGACCUGGAUAAGCCGUUGUCUGGGGGCCUGGGGUUCUCAGUGAUUGGAGGAGAAAGAGGGAUCUUUGUUAAGUCUGUCACUCCUGGAGGAGUAGCUGAGGCAUCGGGAAAGCUGCAAGUUGGAGACAGAUUGUUGAAAGUAAACAGUGAAAUGAUGACAGGGGUGUCUCACACCAAAGCCGUCACAACUAUCCGCAAAACCAAAGGCCUUGUGCAUCUGGUCGUGUCCAGACCUCCAGAGCAGAACCCGGCUUAUUCACCAGUCAAUUCAGACAAAUGCAAUGGGGCCACAGAUUUGAGUGAAGAAUACGACAUGAAGAGCAAACUUUCUCCUCCCCUGGAUGGACCCAGACCUAGUGACUACCCUGAGUUACCACCUAUAGAUUAUGACGACGGCUCACUUGAUCAGAAAAAGGAGAUGGACCAAAGCACAGAGCUUUCAGAAGAUACUGACUGUGACGGCUCGUCCCUGCCAGAAGACUCACCUAAGAAUUAUCGUAACAUGGAUUGGCAGGAGGAGAGCGUCGAUGAUCCACUUAAUGAACCGCACACUGAUGAAGAUGCGAUCACGUGGGGAAGUGAUGAGCUGCCUAUUGAAAGCAUGACAUCUAGUGACGAUGGACCAAUCAUUACAGAGGACGAGCUGACCUCUUUACCCCUUGUUAAAGUGGUUCCUGAUGGUCAGUACACAGGCCUUAAACUCAGCUCUGUGGUUCGCACGAUGAGGGGACUUUUAGAGCAAAAAGUUCCACUGCAGGAGUUUGAAAAUCUACAGAAUCUUCAACCCCUGGAUGAUUGUUUAAUUGGUCAGACAAAAGAAAACAAGAGAAAGAAUCGCUAUAAGAACAUUGUCCCUUUUGACACAACUCGUGUCCUUCUGGGGAAAGACGGUGGUUACAUUAAUGCCAACUUCAUCAAUAUGCCGGUCAAAGAUGAGGACUUCAUGUACAUAGCCUGUCAGGGACCUCUGCCCACAACUCUGGGUGACUUUUGGCAAAUGGUUUGGGAACAGAAGUCCAAUGUGAUAGCUAUGAUGACCCAAGAAGUGGAGGGAGGCAAAGUGAAAUGUCAGCGUUAUUGGCCAGACACACCUCGGACAGCUGAGAUGGUAGAUGAUCGAUUAGAAAUCACCCUCAUAAAGGAUCAACAUCUCGAUAACUUUGUCAUCCGGCUCAUUGAAGUUAAAGAUAUACAGACUAAUGAAAUUCAGUGUGUGACCCAUCUCAAUUACACUGGCUGGCCAGACCAUGGAACACCGUCUCAACCUGAGCAGCUGCUGACAUUCAUCUCCUACAUGAGACACGUUCAUCGAUCGGGGCCCAUCAUCACACACUGCAGCGCUGGCAUCGGCCGCUCUGGCACCCUCAUCUGCAUAGACGUCGUUCUGGGACUCAUCAGUAAAGAUGCUGAUUUUGAUAUCUCUGAUGUUGUAAGAAACAUGAGACUUCAGAGACAGGGGAUGGUUCAGACGGAGGAUCAGUACAUUUUCUGCUAUCAAGUCAUUCUUUAUGUCCUUCGAUGCCUUCAAGCAGAGGAAAAAAUCUCAGGAUAGUAAUAUAACUGAACCUGUUUGCUGUUGCUCUUUACUACUAGACUGCGAAACCUGUUGGAUUAAUGGCACACAGUGGAUAUAGGCAAAUGGUGCCAAUGUAUAAAAUGCCGAUAUCUUGUUCUGUACGAGAGGUGAUCAUGAUUUCUUUUAUGUAUGCCUUUUUCAUCCACCACUCUUCCUUGUAUUUGUAUUUUUCCAAACUGCUGUUGUUCUUAAUUAUCUACAAAAGAAUAGCCUACAAAUUUAAAGAAUUAUGAACAUGAUCAAUGGCUGUAUAUUUUAUGAGGAAUCUGUGUUUUAAAUCCUAUUUUAAUGCUGGAACAUGCCUUGACAAGAUACUAUCAGUAUUUGCUUUGUAAAUGUAUUAUAGGCUUCUAGUGUUACCUAAUGCACGAGGUGACGAGAAUAAAGUGUAAAUACUCAGCUUCAGAAACUCAGACUGGAUAUAGUUUGGAUAAAAAUAUGCCAUGUACAGAUUUUUUUUUUUUUUUUUUUUAGAAACAUGCAAAUCAAUUGUAAUCUUUCUCUUUUUAAUUUCACUGCACAUUUUAGGCAGCAGGAAAUGUCACUUUAGCAGCUUAUUCUGUGUAAAAAGAUACAUGUUGUGAUACAUAUUUAAUAAAAUGUAAUGCAGAACUU